CUGAUCCUAAUCCUCGCUUCCCAGCAACCUAAGCCGUCUUGCUCGCAUACUCUUCGCAAAUCGUAGCUUGAUGGCGGCUCCAUUCUACCCACCUCCGGCACCGGCGCCGCCUUCGGGUCCGGCGAGCAGAGUAGCGGUCGUCGGAGAGCAAUUCUGCGCUCCUUACACGUUGGAUCUGACGGUGACGGAGAAGUCGAUCAAGAUAACCGACGGCGCUUACGUCGUGACGGACGUCAAUGGAAACAUCGUGUUCAAAGUGAAGGGAAAGUUUCUCAGUCUUCGCGAUCACCGCGUCCUCUUCGAUGCCGCUGGAAAUCCCAUUCUGUCUAUGCAGCAGAAGGCGAUUUCGAUGCACAGGCGAUGGCAAGUUUUUAGAGGAGACAGCUCCAACUCGUCAGACCUCUUAUUCAGCGUGAAGAAGUCGGGUCUCCUGCAGUUUAGGACAGAGCUGGAUGUGUUCUUGGCUUCAAAUACAGCCGAAAGCCAAUGUGAUUUCAAGAUUAGAGGAAGCUUCCACGAGAGAUCCUGUUUGAUUUAUCUUGGAGAUUCCACUAACGUUCUUGCUCGAAUGCAUCGUGAAUACACAGUGAAGAACAUAGUUUUGGGAAAAGAUGCCUUCGGAGUGACGAUCUAUCCAAACGUGGAUUAUGCCUUUGUCGUUGCUCUUAUUGUGAUUCUUGAUGAGAUUAACGAAGACCGGCAUGAUUAAACGUUUGUGUGUGUUUGCAAUAAUGACAAAGGAAGAUUUAUAUACAUUUCACUAAAAUUCCUGUGUAUUUACAUAUUUAACACCUAAGCUUCAAUUUUUACAUAUAUGCCACCUCACCUAUCCAUGAGAAGGUAUACUUUUUAUAUAAAAGAUUUGAGUGGCAUAAAUGUAAAAAAAUAAAGGUCUGUUGUUAGAUAUGUAAAUAUAUAGGAGUUGGGUGGUAUGUUUGUAAAUGCCCCUAAGAAUAAUUAUGUAUGAUUGUUGCUGGAAACUCUCUUUUUCGAGACAACGCAUGUUUAUUGCGUGUGUGUUGCUUUUAUAAACAAUGCAUGUUUGGGUUUUGGGUA